GUGAUCAAAAAGUUUUAAUAAAUUUUUACAUAUAACAUUUAUAAAAAAUUUCAUUUUAAAUAUCAUUUUUUUAUAUUCAACAAUUUUAUAUUCAAUUCUACAAUACGAAGUUAAAUGGUAAAGAUGACAUCUAUAGAUGAAGGAAAAUUAAAACAAAGUUUAUCAAAAUACCAAAAUUCUGAUAUUACAAAAAAACAUGUCAUGAAAGUUCUGAAUCUCUAUAAGGGUUUAAAAUAUAAUGUAGAACCAUUUGUAUUUAAUGACGGAUCACGUAAAGAAUUAUUUAAUUUACAAGGAACAAUACCUGUAUCUUAUAAAGGUAAUUAUUAUAACAUUCCUAUAUGUAUAUGGCUUAUGGAUACACAUCCUAAUAAUGCACCUAUGUGUUAUGUCAAGCCUACUGCAGAUAUGAGCAUUAAAGUUAGUAUGUUUGUUGAUCAUAAUGGAAAAAUUUAUUUACCGUACCUCCAUGAUUGGUUACCACAUUCAUCUGAUUUACUUAGUUUAAUUCAAAUAAUGAUUGUAACAUUUGGAGAACAACCACCUGUUUACGCUAAACCACGACAAGGUAUACAAGCAACUUCUACACCUUAUCCUGUACAACCUUUCAUGCCUGUACCUGGAAGUGGAACACAUAUACCUGGUUCUAGUUUUCCAUCAUAUCCUCAAAACUCACAAUAUACAGGUGGAAAUAACAUUUAUCCUCCAUACAUGUCUACAACAUCUUCUGGAUUUCCAUAUCAAGGUUAUGGUUCAUAUGGAGGAACUGCAUCAAAUUAUCCGUCACAAGGUUGUACUGGUUCUUUUCAAUAUCCUCCAUCAACACAACCAUCUCCAACAGUACCUGCUACUGCUGGUGCAUCAGGUACAAUUACAGAAGAACAUAUUAGAGCUUCAUUAUUAUCAGCAGUAGAAGACAAAUUAAGACGAAGACUUAAAGAACAAUUUUCACAAUUGUCAGCUGAAUUAGAAACAUUACGUAGAACACAGCAAGAACUUACAAGUGGAUCUGCUCAUCUAACAGAUUUAUUUGAUAGAUUAAAAAAAGAGAAAACUGAACUCGAAAAAAAUAUUAGUAUACUUCAAGAUAAAGAAGCUGAAUUGGAAAAAGAAAUUGCAAAACUUUCUGAUAAUCAAUCAAUAGAUGUUGAUGAAGCUGUUACAACAAUCGCACCACUUUACAAACAAAUGUUAAAUGCAUUUGCGGAAGAAGCAGCUACAGAAGAUGCUAUCUAUUAUUUAGGCGAGGCUUUACGUUGUGGUAUUAUAGAUUUAGAUGCAUUUUUAAAACAAGUACGACAACUUUCACGCAGACAAUUUAUGCUAAGAGCUCUUAUGCAACGUUGUCGUCAAAAAGCAGGAUUGGCUGGUUAAAUAUCUCAUUCAAUUCUUAUCAAGUUGUGCUAUUCAAUAUUUUAUUUUAUUACAAACGAUAUACGCAAUACGAACUGCAUAAAUCCUAUAAAGAUAUGUUAUAGAAAGAAAUAUCUUCGUUAUGGAAA